ACCUUAUCAAAAGUGUCGGAAGACUGCCCCCUCUAAAGGAUGUUUUGCCUUGAACAUUUUGCGAAUUAAUGUAGGUUAUAACAAACACGGUCGAGAAUUCAAAUUGGUCAGACCGCGAUGUUCCAAUGUUUAGAAUGGCAAAGUAGUUUGUUCCAAUGUUUUUUAAAUGGUCUUGCGGUUUAGAAAAACUACGACUCCUGGAAUAAUUUGCCGGCGCUGGCUAUUGGUGAAGCGUCUUCAUCUGUCGAGCAGCGUAGGCGGGACUCUAAGCUGCAGAUCUGAAGAGACGAGAGCGGUUGAGGCUGUGCUAUUCUGUACCGUUGCGAGAGCAUCUCUACCGCUCAGCUACAGCGACUGUGUCACAGCACCCGGAUCCAGCAAGCUUUGGGACUUGACUGGCGGAGCCGAAGGCAUUCCCACUAGAGGAGCCUAUAAUUCCUUGCUGGGUGUAACUGAACGCCUCACCUGGAUAAAAUCGUCCUCGUACGCAAAGGAAAAAAUAUAUAAUAAAUAAAGAGUCGAGCGUCAGCACAUUUGGCUGAAGGAAGCAAGAAGAAAAUGAUUCUCAAGCAACAUUUUCUCUUUGCCCUUUAUAGCAUCUGUGGGAUCAUUCUAAAAGUGACGGCAGUGAAAAACAAAGUGAGAGGCAGCCAGGGUCAGUUUCCCAUCGCUCAGAAUGUGACAGUGGCUGAAGGAACAACGGCUAACAUGACCUGCCGCGUGGACCACAAUGACAACACCUCCCUCCAGUGGUCGAACCCGGCACAGCAGACCCUUUUCUUCGGGGACAAGAAAGCGCUGAGGGACAACCGGAUCGAGCUGGUUCACGCCUCCUGGCAGGAGCUGACCAUCAGCAUCAGCGAGGUGACCCUGUCGGACGAAGGACAGUACACCUGCUCCCUCUUCACCAUGCCCGUCAAAACCGCCAAGGCCUUCCUCACCGUGCUGGGGGUCCCGGAGAAGCCCGAGAUCGCCGGGUUCACGAAGCCGGCGGCGGAAGGGGACGAGAUCACGCUGACCUGCGUGACCUCCGGGAGCAAGCCCGCCGCCGACAUCCGAUGGUUCAGGAACGAGAAGGAGGUCCAAGGUGCCAAGGAGGUGAACGCCAGCGGAAAGACGUUCACGGUGAGGAGCACUCUGCAGCUCCAGGUGGACCGCAACGAUGAUGGAGUGGCCUACACCUGCAGGGUGGACCACGUGUCGCUCACCUCCUCCUCCCACCAGGCGACGGAGGUUCUGGAGGUCCACUAUGCUCCCCGUGUAGAGAUCAUACACUCGUUGACGUUCCCACAAGAAGGGCAGUACUUGAAACUGGAGUGUGUGUCCAAAGGCAAUCCUUUACCGGACCCGGUGCUGUGGACCAAAGACGGGGGCGAGCUGCCCGAUAUCGACCGAAUGAUCGUGGAGGGCCAGGAGCUGACCAUCACGUCCCUGAACAAGACCGACAACGGCACGUACCGCUGCGAGGCCAGCAACCACCUGGGGACCAGCGGCGCCGAAUACGUGCUGUUCGUAUACGAUGUUCCCAUCCCAGUCCUUCCAUCCUCAGCACCCACCGCACCACGCACUCCUGCAGACAUGACCGCUCUCUUAGCCCCCCACGCCACCGAGCCCGCAAGCAGGGGCUUACUGAAAGCCAUGGCAACUGCCAAAGACUUUCCGGGGCCGACGACAGAUCCUAAUGCUCUGGGACAGGCUGGGCCUGACCAUGCUGUAAUCGGGGGAGUAGUCGCAGUAGUUGUUUUCAUCACCUUGUGUUUGAUCAUUGUGCUGGGGCGCUAUCUGGCAAGGCAUAAAGGGACCUACUUAACGCACGAGGCCAAGGGGGCGGAGGACGCGCCCGACGCGGACACUGCCAUCAUCAACGCCGAGGGCAACCAGGCCCACGCGGAGGAGAAGAAAGAGUACUUCAUUUAGACCCCCCCGCCCCCCUCUCCCCGUCUCACCGAGGUUUCGGGUGGAAACUGGCCGCCAGCGAAAGAGCGUUCCUAUUUAAGCCCCCCCCCGUCCCCCGUCCCCCAGAGCUGGCCUGGCCCCUCAGCCCUCUCUUCUCCUCUCCCGGCCUACCUUUUUCGUUUCCGCUCAAGAAAAAAAUUCGCUUUUGUUUUUAGUCGAAACCGAUUUAUACAGCCGGCUAGCAACUGAAGAUGUCGCCUUUUUCUAUUCACGUUGUCCAGUGAAGGAGGACUUCUAGAACCGUCUAACCCACACCCCCAGUGACCCGUCCCUUAGACAUGCUUUCACAGUGCCUAAAUAUACAGACAUGCAUAGAAUUUUCACUGUAAAUUAUCAAUGUAAUUAUUAUUAUUAUUAUUAGCAUUAUUAUUAUUAAAAUAAUUCAUGCGAAACAUUGACAGUCUUGUUUAAAAAGCCAUGCCAAUAUCUUGUAACAAUCUAAACUUAGAUUCAUUGUUAAAUAAUUCAUUCUGUGAAAUGUAUCUUUGAUGUAAAGUUGAUGGGUUUGAAAAAGGGUUCGGUGUGAAUAAAAUUAAGGGACUGAAAGGCUUCUAAUGAAGCUGAGACUUCUCAAGCUUUUUGAAAGUUAAUGUACAAUAAGUUAGUGUACCUGAGAUGAAUGAAUGAAUGAAUGAAUGAAUGAAUGAAUGAAUGAAUGAUAAAAUAUCUUAGCAUUUUUGUAAUAUAAACAAGCUCUGUUAGUUGUACUGUUGAUUUGAAAUUUACAUUCCUUCCUUGUCUGUAUAUUCUUGCACUGUUUGGCUUAUACUUUUUUUUUUCCUCAAGUUUCAUAUAAAAUAUAAGAAAUAAAGCACAAAAUUGAAUUUAGAAACAAUAUUACUUUCCUAACCAAUGGGCUGUCUCAGGAUUGAAAGUGAGUCUAAUUUAUUACUAUAUUAAAAGGGAAUUGGCUCUCCCUGACUCAAUCCAGUCAAUUAAUACAAUCGGGUUCAACAGUGUAUUCAGUGCUUACGUGAAACAUCAGAAUCCUUUCAAAAUUUUACUAAAGAUAAAUAUAUUUUUUUCCUUUUUAUGAUGAAUCAGGCCCUUGUUGAUGCAGCUGUAUAUGAUGUUUGCUAAAUGUGGUUACUAGUGAAAGUUGUUGUCAGACUUUGGGAUCCCUUGAACAUUGAAAUUUGUAUAUUAGCCAAUUUAUCCAUCUGAAAUAUUCAAUAAAACUUUUCCAUUUUUUCCAUUUUCCAUCACUCAUAUUUUAAAAAAAGAAUGUGAUAAAGACAUUUUUCGCACAAGGCAUGUAUAUAUUGUGUAAGUACUAAAUUUAUUAAUACAUAUUUGUUGAUUUACUUGUUUUUUGUUUUAUUUAAUUUUUUUAAAAAUAUUGCAAUUGCUUUGCAAGUGUCUGUCUGUCUCUUUUUGGAGGUUAGGGAUAAUAUUUAUACCUUUUGGUAUGGGACUAGGUCUGCAAAGCUGUAAAUGUGGCAAAGACAAGUUGUUAUUAUUAUUACUUUUAUUUUUUAUUUCAAAAUGACCACUUUCAUUUGCUUAGGGGUCAAUACAGAUUCUUAUAUAGAAUUCCUUGAUUUAGCUUAACUGUGUUUUCCAAGUAUCAGUCGUUUAUGGUCACAUAAUUGAUGCUCAUUUGUCAUAAUAAAACAUUAUUAUUGAGCUUUAAAAUAGAAACAAAA